AUGGCCUUUAUGGGUCUAAACCGCCUGGCCAUGUUAAGCGCCCGUAAAGAUGAUGUCUUUUUUGGAAGUCUUGUUGGUUCUAAGAGCCAGCUUCGUCAUAUUUGCCAAGACCUACCACCUACGAACGACAUGUCUUCCUACUCUAAUUCCCUCUCUCCUAGCUCAUGGGAUGGUUCCAUUGGCUCCAUCCGCAUCCGUUGGUCUUCAGAUGCCCCGAGCAGGAUCGAAGAGCAUGUUGGAAAUACCGGUGUGCCUGUCAGCACAAUCAAAGCUAUGAGCGAGCAUUUUGCCCAUGCUACAGCCCAACGAAUCGGCAGUGAUCAGAUUGUUAUUCAUGGCUCGCCGCACAGAGAGUCUCUCAACAGUGCAACUGGAGAGAUAUCUCAGGAUGACUUACACAUCAGUGCCACCGCGACCGGUGGAGGUGCAGGUCAGAAUAAGGUUCACAUCUACCUCUCCGGUGUUGGACAAGGCCCCACGGCCUAUAACAAUGUUCGAGUCAGGGGCGAGACUGUGCUGAAGCGCAACAAGAAGAAAGGUUACACACUUGACCAAGCCAAUUCAUACGGAUCUGUGAGCCUAGCAAGCGGCUCUGUAGCAACAACUACCAACACCUCGGGGGGCUCUGGCACACAGUCUGCCCCGUAUUCUGAUUGGACAUUAGAUGCGGCGAGCAACAGAUAUAAGCGGUAUAACUACGCUAGAAAGGCGUGGGAAUGGACUGCAGUUCCGGCGGAUGCCGGAGGGUCCCAAGGGGCAUCAAGCUCAUCUGGACAGACAAAAUAUUCCGGUUGGCAGUUGGACACAACCUAUAACAGAUACAGGAGGUUCAAUCACGGGACUCAGAAAUGGGAAUGGCAGUAG